AUGACUUAUGCUCUUGCCAAGUUGUUGAUGCUUUCUGAGGAGGGAGCUCUGAUGUAUGACCCCUGGUUCCUAAAUUUGUUCUCCUGGACUUGCACAUCAGCAAUAGGCAUCAUGAUCUCAUGGAAGCUGCUGUCACAGACUCCCAAUGCUGUAUCUGAAAGAGAGGAUAGCGAGGAGACGGAGAGGCUGGUGGAUGGCAUCGAGACAGAAGAUGAGUCCAGUAAGAAGAGCAGGAAAUCAAGGAAAGAGCAUCCCCAUUCAGGGGCCACAAUUGGCCGUCUCUUGUCGUACUGUAAGAAGGACUCUGGUUUGCUGGCCAUUGCUUUCUUCUUUCUUCUCCUCUCUGCUGUGUAUUGGGUUCUUGCGCAAAGAGUGUUGUCAGUAGACCAGCCGCAGCGGAAUGCACUGUAUGAUCGCAGCAGUAAUCUCCUGAGAGAUGCCAUAAAACAGAUGGUGGUGGAGAAACAGGUGGAGUGGGAUGAUUUUCUCGAUCCAGUUUUGGCCACCUUUAGGACAUCGGUCAACCCUACGACAAAAUUUACACCACACUUUUUAAUAUUCAACAGAAAAGCCAGCCUAUCUUGUGAGUUUGAUCCUCUUGGUUGCUAUCAGGACCAGGAGGACGAGGCCCUUAAUGAAGAGGACACAAACACUUUUCUGUCCUCCUUGCAGGAGCAACAGAAUAACAUCAAACAGAUGGUAGUAACAAAUAUGAAUGUCGCAUACAAACAAGAAAAGAAAAAUGCAAAACGCAAGAUUAGAAAUAUGCCUUCCAUAACUCUCACUGUGACCGACCCAUUGUUAAGCACAGAGGAAACGCCCUCAGCAAAAAAGCUCAAGGAAAGCCUCUACCUGUCUUUUCCAGUAGAGACAGUCCUGACCACAAUCCAGAAUGUACCUGAAGCCAAGAAAAAUGGCUUGGAAUAUCCUCUAACAGAUGUGCACUGAAAAUCUUUUUUGAUUUGACUAUUCAUAAAGCACUAUCUGCAAAGUGUAUUUGCAUAGGCUACAGCUUGAAGACUUGAUAUCUGCAGUAAGUGGUCCACAGAGAGCAGGUCAAGCAGAUGAACUCAUGCUCACUUUGUUUCAGCACAUAAUGUAGCAAGAUUAAAAGAUUGUAUUUUACCUCAGGCGUUCAUUGACACUGAUGAUGGUCUUAGUUUUUUGUUUAGUCACUGAACUACACACCCAAAGAUGUAGAAGUUUGGUUUGCUUGGUUGACUCAUGUCCCAAAAGACAUUUUUAUCUGGAUUUGCUUUAGAUUAGUCAUCUGACGAACACAGAUUUCAGUAUUAUCUGAAAGAAUGUUGUGUAAAUAUUAAUUAUGAAGAUUGUAAUAUUCAGCGUUCAUUAUCAUAGAAAUUAGAUGUUCGUUUUU